UAUUUGACAAGUGACGUGUCCAAAAGGUACAACGUCACUUAAAACUAUUUAAAAAUAUGGCAAUGGUAUUGCCUUCGAUUUUGGCUCAAACAGCGGAAAAUGUAACAGAAAAUGUUAACAAAACCGAAAGAAUCCCCAGCACUCCUGAGGGAAUGGCCGUGGCCUACGGGAGUUUAGUUAUUAUGGCUAUGUUACCCAUAUUUUUUGGUUCAUACCGCUCUGUGAUUUACCAUAAGGAAAAGAAACCUGACAAAAUGACGAAAAGAGAUGCCGCUAUUUUUCCUGUAAUUGCAUCUUGCGCUCUUGUGGGCCUGUAUAUUGUUUUUAAAUUGUUUUCAAAAGAAUACAUCAAUUUGUUGCUGACGGGCUACUUUUUCUUCCUUGGAGUUUUGGCUCUGACUCAUUUAUUGAGCCCCAUAGUUAGCAAAUUAGUCCCUGCUGCAAUUCCAAACAUCCCAUUCCACAUAAUGUUUAAACAAGGGGAAGGUGAUGCGGCGGAAUACCUAAUAGAUUACCGAUUUUCCACAUACGAUGUAGUGUCAUUAGCGGCAUGCUUAUUGGUUGGAGCCUGGUAUUUGUUGCAGAAGCAUUGGGUCGCCAAUAAUUUGUUCGGUUUGGCGUUUGCAGUGAAUGCAGUCGAAUUGCUGCAUUUGAAUAAUGUGGUUACCGGUUGUAUAUUGUUGUCUGGACUGUUUGUUUAUGAUAUAUUUUGGGUGUUUGGAACCGACGUUAUGGUUACUGUCGCCAAAAGUUUUGAAGCGCCAAUAAAACUUGUGUUUCCCCAAGAUUUACUUACCAAUGGCCUGGCGGCAAACAAUUUCGCCAUGUUGGGCCUGGGAGACAUUGUGAUUCCUGGUAUUUUUAUUGCCCUACUCUUAAGAUUCGAUCACAGUCUCAAACGGAAAACCAAAACCUACUUCCAUGCCUCAGUUUUGGCAUACUUUUUGGGCUUGAUGGCGACCAUUUGUGUCAUGCAUAUCUUCAAACACGCCCAACCUGCUUUGUUGUACUUAGUUCCAGCCUGUAUUGGGACACCUUUAGGGCUUGCUCUAAUUAAGGGUGAUCUGACUGCUAUGUUUAAGUAUGAGGAUUCACAUGAGGAUGAUAAAGUCAGCAUGGAUGCCAAGAAGGAGACAAAAGAAACCAAACAGCAACAAACUUCCAAGAAAGUUAAAUGAUUUUUUUAAGUGUUAAUUAUUAAUUGUAGUUUGAAUUUGAGUAAUCUUCCAUCAUGUUCCACUGUUUUUUAUACCUACAUAUUUAAAAAAUUGUGAGAAGUUAUUUUAUUGUUUGUUUUUUGGAUUCCGAGAAUUAUAAAAAAGUAUUUAA